AUGUUUGAAUAAUUGUCAUCUACAAUUACAAAUAGACCAUUAACAUUUGCAAAGUUUACAUUUAAAAAAUUGGAAUUAGAAUAAGAUGAAUAAUUAAGGCCAAUUUUGAAUGGAAUUUAUUAAAAUUAGAAAUAAGGUUCAAUGCUUACUACAGAACUUUGGUCAAAGAAAUAAUGUAGAUAAUAUUUAAAGUAAACUAAGUAUAAAUAAUGUUUAUAAUAUAAGUAUGUAAACAGAUAAAGGGAUUCUGAAAAGAUUUGCUCAUUGGGAAUGGGAUUAGAAUUAGAAUAAGGAAAGAUUUAAGAACUUAAUUGAUAAACAUAAAUAAACUACUUACACUAAUAAAAGUGAAUUAGUAACCAAAUUGUAAUUGGGAACUAUUGAAGGGGAAAAAAGAUUAAGAUAAAAAAUAAUUAGAGAUUGGAAAAUACAAAAGAGUUAUGAUAUUUAAAGAGAAUUAGUAAAGUAUAAAGAUUAAGAGAUUUAUAAAUAAAAAGGAAUUAAGUAUCAUUAAUCAAGUUAAUCAUUUGGAUAAUUAUCAUUAAGACAAUAGACUAAAAAUAAUCAAUUAAAUCAUAUUAUUACAGAACUUUCAGAAUUAUAGGAAGAUACAAAAAUAGAGAAGAAGAAAUUUGAUUAAGUGACAUAAUAAAAGAGAAAUACUAAUCGUUUAUAAAAGAUAUCUUUUGAAUAAUUUUUGUAAGAUUGA